AUGGGCUCUACACCUGAGAAAGAGCCAAUGGGCCUUGGUUCCGCUCCUCUUAACUUCAUCUACUCCUGUUCGCUCUGCAGUGCUACCUUUGCCGAUGUAUACGAAGGCCACCAUGAGUCCGUUCGCGGUCUAUCGGAUGGCAUCAACCCGAAAGAUCGCCUUGUGACGCGGCUAUUCCUCGCAAGCUGUUGCCACGUCUUUUGCAGUAGCCAUCUUGAGGGUGGCGGACCGCCUUUCCACAGCGACAAAGAGCGCCCAAAAGCGCCGUGUCCUGUGUGCAUCAAAGAGAAAGACGACAGUGAGCCUCAGUUUCUGUACUCGAUUCGUGGCUUCAACAAGAACGAAUACGACCCUAUGAUACCACCGUCCUGGUUCACUGCGCCGCCAAUUCGACUUGAUGGCAAUGGCAAGGAGAUGGAUGCUUUGCGUUUCCAGUAUAUCGCGCUCAUAAGGUACUGCCAAAACACUUAUGCGACCCGCAAGCCUCUUGAACAAACCCUCAAGGAAUCAGAGAAGAACCUUACCAAUAUGCGCAAUCUCGUGGCUGAAGAGCAUGUGAAGAUGAUCGGUUUACAAAAUGAGGUGGAAAAACUGAAAGCGCAAAAGGAUCAAUUCGAAGCCAUGCAGGCAGAGGUGCAGCGGCUACAAGGUAUCGAACAGGAAUUUGAGGAACUCCGCAGCCUCAAUGUCAAUGCACGAGAUCUGAAGACUUUCAUUACGAACAAGUCAGCAAUUCGACACUACCUGAAGCUCGUUCCGAUGUUGAUGGAGCAAAAUGAGAAGAUGCAAAAGCGACUAGCCCAGCUGGGAUUUGCAAUGCCUAUGCAACCUGUACCGAACUUCAAAGGAGUAGACCCCAGUGCAUUCGAUAGUAACGAAACUCUCGCUCGUGAUGAUGACAGAUUCUUCAAUGGAGUGUUGCGAAAGGCCACUUCGAGUCAUACUGUUGGUGGCAAUGUACACGCAUCAGACAAAGUGGGAAUGACUCCCUCGAGUUCCCACUUACGGCGUCCCGGUAAACGGCAACGCCUUGACUCUCCCACUCCUAAAGACAUGCAAGUCGAUUGUUCCCCAGGUCGACGACCGAUGCAGCCCCCAGCAAAGCCACUAUCGAGGAUGCAAUCUAUGCGCAACAUAUUCCCCAUUCUACGAAAGAAGUUCACCAGUGACCAGUCCUCUACUUUGGCAGACGAAAACCCGGGGGUUGGCAAGGGUGUUCAGAUGCACAAGGAUGCGAACUGGCAAAGUGUCAACACUCCGCGACAAGAGAUUCAUAAUGAAUUCUAUAGUGAGCCACCGUACAUGUCAGGUGCUCUCCCCAUGGAGCAAAAAUCUCAACACUUAGGCUCCAGGAGUCCGCAACAAAGGGCCAAGAUUGGCAUGUAUGAACACCAAUCUGAUUUCACAUUCCGAGCAUCCUCACCCGCCAAGGCGGAGUCUUAUAGUAAAAGAGACCAUCUGGUCCAACUACCUAUUGAGCCGUCAUAUAUUCGCCUGAUGGAUGGCCUUUCGUGCGAAGACGAAGUCGACCUGGGUUUGAAAGACCCGCGUGAUCAUGCUGGCCUAGACUAUCAAAGUGACGGCAGUAACAGGCAAAUGGGGUAUGUGCAUGAGAAUCAGCCAAUCCCACAAACCACACAUGGACAAAAGUUCUGGAGUCCAAGAAAUUUUCCUAUGCACCAGUCUCCUCACGGAUCGUCUACUUCUGUUGAAACUUACCAGCGGCCUCCACGAUACAGACCGACUAACGCAUCUACAAACAGACUGUACAACAGGCCAAAUCUUGGCCGCGCCCAACAUUCACCUAAAAAGUACCAUCAUCCAGGGAAUUCAAUUGAGAGCGUAUUCAAAUCAUUACGCCGUCUAUCGGUCUCAAAGAUCAACGAUGACAACGCCUCGAGCUACUUGGCUUGA